GAAGUCUGGCGUCCGAGGAUUGUGGAAUGUGGAACACACCAUGAGUUUAGCGCUGCAUAGACGUCACUAAACACGGACUGGCUUCAUGUUAAUCAUUAUUUGGUGAAAUUUCAAUCAAGUUAAGACAUGUCAUUUCACCCUGGUUACACACACACUCGAUUAUUUUGUUAUAAUCGAGUGCGCAUGCGCAUCGGUAGGUUUGUUCCCCGUUGACAUGUGUUCGUGUUGGGGUGGUUGGGUCGUGGUUUGAUAGAAAAAUCAUGUCUGUCGUAGUCCAGAACAAGAACGGGUGGGUUCUGGAUCCUUGUUCCCUGAUCGACCGAGGUCUAUCCCGGUGUGUUCGGUGGAGAGGAGGACAGAACCAGGAGAUUAAGUGUUGCUUUAGACGGCAAUGCUUCGACGCCUUAAAACGACCAUACGGUGCAAAUAACUCAGUGAAUGUAAAUACGGAUAUCGACGCAAAGGAUAGUUCACUAGUAAAACAUUCAAGGAAAAGGAAGAGGAAACAUGUUGAUUUGAACCAAGGAGAGAUCGAUGCCCUUGCCUACCAUGAAAAGGUCCGGGCUUUCAUUCUGGAAGGGACCAAAUGUUUAGUGGAGGCUGUGAGGCCACUUGGGUACCUGGAUGACUCGUCGAGGGACGGCGAGGAAGUGGAACCUGUCCCCGUCCCGGACUGUAACCUGGCGGCGCUCUGCGACAUGGCUAAACGGCUCCCUCUAGCGGACGAACAGGAUAAAGACGAUGAUGACUACGAGGUAGAUGUCCCAGUCCAAUUCCUCCCCGCAGAAGGUGUCUGUAGCACGUCACACCUCGACCUGUUCUCAAAGAUAACGGAGAGUAACGCUGACUCGGCUAUGGCGGUGACCUUAAUGGGAGCCGAUUACAUCAUACCACCACGUACAAGCUUCCUGCUGUCGGACUUCACCAGAAUACAGCCUCUCGUUCACUAUGGGAAGAAGUUUGACCUGAUCGUUGUGGACCCGCCGUGGGAGAACAAGUCUGUGCAAAGAAGUGGAAGGUAUAGUAGCCUCCCCUCCACACAGCUGAAACAACUUCCUGUUCCUCUGCUGGCCGCCCCCGGGUGCUUGGUGGUUACCUGGGUUACCAACAAACCCAGCCUCCUGCGCUUCGUGCGUGAUCAGCUGUACCCCCACUGGGGGGUCCAGGUCGUGGCGGAAUGGUUCUGGGUCAAGGUGACCACAGCAGGAGAGUACGUUUUCCCGCUGGACUCUCCUCACAAGAAGCCCUACGAGGUUCUCCUCCUUGGACGUCGCACACCUCCCUCAUCCUCACCUCCUCCCUCACCCCGCCGCACGCCGCCACCCUACCAUGCUGCCUCAACCCCACAUCCUACCCCACCCUCACCCCCACUCCCAGACCCUCCUCCGUCCUCUGAUCUAGAUCCUCCGUCAGAUCCACGUUCCCCGGACCCCCAGCGCAGCAACAGCAGACCUCAAGAGAAGAUUGAAGAGCUUCCUGUGGACAAUGGUCGCCUCCUCGUGAGUGUCCCGUCGGUGUUCCACUCCCAGAAGCCCUCUCUCUCCGAGGUACUGAGGCCCUAUAUGGGGCCCAGGGCCCGUCGUCUGGAGCUGUUUGCCAGGAGCCUGCAGCCGGGCUGGACCAGCUGGGGCAACGAGGUCCUCAAGUUCCAGCACGCAGCGUACCACCACCUGAGCUCCGCUAGCGGCCCCGUGGACGCUUCCUGUGGCGAGAAGACGUGACCGUGCACAGAUUCAGCCUCACCAACGCAACGUCACCACAGGCCCCUCCUCCAUUCAACAGACCUUCCCCCUUCUUAACAGGCCCCACCCCGUCCUCAACAUACUCCUCCCCCUUCUCAACAGACCCCUCCCCAUUCCCAAGAGACCCCCGUCCUCAACAAACCCCUCCCCCUUCCUGACAGACCCUCCCCCUUUUCAACAGGCCCCUCCCAGUCCUCAACAGACCCCUCCCUGUCCUCACCCCUCCUUCAUCCCCAUAAUAGCAACGUGUCCACAGGUCUCCCUGGCACCUUGGUACCCCUGUUCUCCAUUUGGGAGCAGUGGUGUGAUUUUCUUCACGCUUGCUAUCCUAAUCAGAAACAUAGCCGAGAUGAAAGUGAAUUUUUGUGGAACAUGGAUCGAGGUUUGAAUUUUGAUUUAAGUUCCUGUUUUAUCAUCCAUUUAUCGGCUCUCCUCCCUGAUGCUUGCAUCAUUGGACGUUUGAUGAUUUCUAUUUCAAGCUGUUUAUUGGAAGACGUGUUUUGUGUCAAUAGAGAAGUAAAACAAGUAAAGAAGUAAAACAUUUUUAUAUUAA